AUGCUUUCACUCCACUUCAUGUCCUCCUUCCAUCAAAAAACACACACACCCACUUUUCUUUCUUUCCCACAUCUCCCUCUCCCUGUCUCUCUUGUCUUCGUGUUGAAAUGAAAACCCACUUCUAAUGGCUUUUGAAGACCACCACCAUAUACCACAAGAAAUGGCUUUUCAGCUACAACACCACCACCUCUCAGCCUCGUCUUCCACCGGUCCCCCAUGGCUAAGCAACGCGGUCCUCCGUAGGAACGGCGACUUUAUAACCAUCGAAAAAACCGAAAACACCACCAACAAUGGAAGUGAAGAGGAGUUGGUAGAUUCUGUUAGUGAUAACUGGGAGAGAGCUAAAUGCAAAGCUGAGAUAUUAGGGCAUCCUUUUUAUGAACAAUUAUUGGCUGCACACGUGGCUUGUUUAAGGAUUGCAACGCCAGUUGACCAGUUGGCUAGGAUUGAUACACAGUUGGCUCGGUCUCAAGAUGUUAUUGCUAAGUAUUCUGGUGUUGGUUGUGGCCAUGUUGUUGACGAGAAAGAACUUGAUCAGUUCAUGACACAUUACGCUCUACUUCUCUGUUCCUUCAAAGACCAAUUGCAGCAACAUGUCCGUGUUCAUGCUAUGGAGGCAGUAAUGGCUUGCUGGGAACUUGAACAAUCUCUACAAAGUUUGACUGGCGUAUCUCCUGGGGAAGGCACUGGUGCAACUAUGUCUGAUGACGAAGAUGACCAGGCAGAAAGUGAUACCAACUUUAAUGAUGGAAACCUUGAUGGGUUGGAUACCAUGGGAUUUGGUCCUCUAGUCCCCACUGAAACUGAGAGGUCCUUGAUGGAGCGUGUAAGGCAAGAAUUGAAGCACGAGUUCAAACAGGAUUACAAAGAGAAAAUUGUGGACAUUAGAGAGGAAAUUUUACGUAAGAGAAGAGCAGGGAAACUGCCAGGUGAUACCACGUCCCACUUAAAAGCUUGGUGGCAAACACAUUCCAAGUGGCCGUACCCAUCUGAGGAGGACAAAGCAAGAUUGGUGCAGGAAACUGGGUUGCAGUUAAAGCAGAUAAAUAAUUGGUUCAUAAACCAAAGGAAAAGGAACUGGCACAGCAGCCCUUCAGGAUCUACCUCGAAGAGCAAACGAAAGAAGUAAGCUGACUAUUAUAUGUUUCUCUGUGAACAUUGGCUUCUUCAAGAACAUAAAGCAUUGCAUAUAAAUGGAAAGACUUGAAGGUAGACUGCUUGCUAUUGUUGCCUUCGUGUACAUACCUGGGAAGAGCAUCAGAACACAUUUGGGGCCAUUGGAAUCAACAAGAAUUAAGGGUAGAUAUAUUCUGUUUGGAUAUGCUCAUACUGGAAAGCUCAUCUUUUCUUUGAAAGUGGGUGCUAUUCAAUAUGUAGAGAUGGGCUAAACUCAUUUUCCAGUUGAGAAGUGUGCUAUGAUGGCAUACUGCUACAAUAGAUGUCCUAGUUUAUAAACAUAUGAGAUUGGAAGUGUCAGUUUGGAUAGCUUCCUUCUGUGCCAUGGGCCUGUAAUUUUGCAAUUAUUGGUUUAUGUUCAAUAUUUGUGAUAAGGUAAUGUAAUUAUAUCCUUUUCAGUGUACA